AUGGAAAAAUACAAUCUGACUUUGGUGCAUGAGUUCAUUCUGAUGGGUAUCACAUCGCGCCCUGAGCUGCAGGCUCCACUGUUUGGGCUCUUCCUCAUCAUCUACCUGGUCACAGUGCUGGGCAACCUGGGCAUGAUCAUCCUCACCAAGGUGGACCACAGCCUGCAAACACCCAUGUACUUUUUCCUAAGACACCUGGCUAUUACAGAUCUUGGUUAUUCUACAGUUGUGGGCCCCAAAAUGUUGAUAAAUUUUGUGGUGGAUCAAAAUACAAUCUCCUAUUAUUUGUGUGCUACACAACUAGCUUUCUUUCUUGUGUUCAUUGCUUGUGAACUUUUCCUUCUAGCAGCAAUGGCUUAUGACCGCUCUGUGGCCAUCUGUAACCCUCUCCUCUACACUGUCAUCAUGUCACAGAGGGUAUGUCAUCUACUGGUAGUUGUUCCCUAUCUCUACAGCACAUUUGUGUCUCUUCUGGUCACCAUAAAGAUUUUUACUUUACGCUUCUGUGGCUACAAUGUCAUCAGUCAUUUCUACUGUGACAGUCUCCCUUUGUUACCAUUGCUCUGUUCAAACACACAUGAAAUUGAAGUGAUAAUUCUGAUCUUGGCAGCAUUUAAUUUGCUUUCCUCUCUUCUGAUCAUCCUGGUGUCCUACCUGCUCAUCCUCAUAACCAUUCUCAGGAUGAAGUCAGCUGAGGGCAGGCGCAAGUCUUUCUCCACCUGUGGAUCCCACCUGACGGUGGUCAUAGUGUUCUACGGGACUUUGAUCUUCAUGUACGUGCAGCCUAAGUCCAGUCACUAUUUUGACACUGAUAAAUUGGCUUCCAUAUUUUACACUGUAAUUAUCCCCAUGUUGAAUCCCUUGAUCUACAGCUUGAGGAACAAAGAUGUAAAACAUGCCAUACAAAACACAUGGAAAAAGACAUGCACUGUUUUUUCUUGA